AUGGAGGGUUUUGAUCUGAGAGCUGCGUUAUCCUGCAGUAUCUGCAUGGAGAUCUACAAGGAGCCCAUGACACUACCAUGUGGACACAACUUCUGCCAGGACUGUAUCACCAAAGCCUUUGACAGUCCGAGGGAGGAAUACGAAUGCCCAGAAUGUCGGAAACCUUUCCAGAGAAAACCUAAGUUUAUAAGGAACCCCACACUGAAGAGCAUCGCGACUGUUUGUUCAUACUCCCAGCAGGAGCAAGGAGCCGUGGGGAUCUUCUGCACUUACUGUGACCUACCUGUCCCUGCGAGACUGUCCUGUCUACAGUGUGAACUCUCCAUGUGCGAUAACCACAUGAGGCGACACAACCAGAAAGUCAAACACACCUUAUUACCAGCCGCCAUGUCUCUGGAUGACAGACGAUGUUCCACCCACAACAAGACCUUGGAUUAUUUCUGCAAAACCGAUUCGACUUGUAUCUGUCCCUCCUGUUUUAUAGUUGGAGAUCAUGGAACUCACUUAGUAGAACCGCUGGAAGACGCCUUGGAGAGGAAGAAGGAGAAACUAAGAAAUAUUCAGAAGGAGCUGACGUUGAGGAGAAAGGACACAGAAGAAAGACUCCAGACUCUGCAGAUGUCCAGGGCGGAAAUACAGAAGAAAGCAUUGCAGCCGGUGGAGACCGUCAUUACCUUCUUCACGGACAUUAGAAAAGACCUGGAAGAUCUGGAGAAGAACAUCCUUCACGAGAUCAAAAAGCAGGAGACGGAACAUUCUCUACCGGUUACCAAACUGAUCCAGACGAUGGAAAUAAAUAAAGAACAACUCUCCAGAAAAACAUGUUAUAUCCAGGAUCUACACAACAUGGACGACCCGCUCUACGUCUUAAAGGAACAGGAAUCGAACAGGGACGACUUUUGUGACAUCAAAGACGGAGAAGAGUUGGGCAGAGAGGAGGAGAUUAAAGACCUCCACGGUGUAAGAGACCUGGAUGUGGGUCCAAUCUCCGAAAAGCUGAAGACGCUAUCGGACAUCAUUACCGGGAUCAGGAAUGGAGUUUACUUUGAGGAACCCAUUGACUUGUCUUUGAAUUUGGACACUGCCGGUCAAAAUGUGUCUGUGGACGAAGGUGGCAAAACAGCAUCGUGGUCACUUACGGCCCAGAACUACCCGGAGACCCCGGAGAGAUUUCACUGUAACCAGGUGUUGAGUCAUGAGAGCGUGUCCUCGGGGCAGUACUAUUGGGAAGUGGAGACCAGUGACACGGGCGACUGGAGGAUCGGGGUGUGUUACCCCGGUGUAGACAAGCGGGAGCACUCCUCCAUCGUAGGGGGCAGUAAGAAGUCCUGGUGCCUCCACCGGUGUAAUAGCCCCAUCUCAUUGCCCUGUGAUAGUAACAAGUACCCCGGAUACUUAGUCAUCCAUGAUGAUGCGUACACCCACCUGCCCCACGCCGUGUCCUGUAAUAGGCUGAGGGUAUCUCUGGACUAUGAGGGGGGCCGGUUGUCCUUUUAUGAGCUCUGUGACCACAUGCGGCACCUGUACACUUUCCGCGCCACCUUCUCAGAGCCCCUGCACGCCGCCAUCUAUGUUUGGGAUAAGUUACAUGGGAAAGGUAGCUGGGUGAGAAUCACGGGGGCCGAGAGGCGAUGA